GCGUCGACCGUCGCGCGCACCACUCCACGGCGACGAUGCCGCCGACGACGACGCGGAGAUAGGCGACGAACGCGGCGCGCGAGCGGAGCACAGCGAGGCGCGGGCGAUCGCGCCCGCGGACUCGCCCGCCGCGAGAAGGCGCGACAGCGGCGCGUUCUUUUCCGCGCGAUCCGAUCCGAUGGCGCCCUCGCAGCGCAGCGCGGAAAACUUCAACAAGAAGGCCGCCGCGAAGCUCAAGCGCGGGAUCGUCUCCACCGGCGCCGCGGGGAUGUCGAACAAAGGCCCGGACCCGGCGUCGCUGAAGCCGAAGGAGCUCCCGUGCCCGCACUGCGACCGGCUUUUCAAGCAGCAAGACCGCCUGAAGCAGCACGUCGCGAAGCACCACGCGAAAGAGGUGGAAGAGGCUGCCGCGGCGGCGAAAGCGAAAGCGGAAGCGGAAGCGGCGGGCGCGGACGCCGCGAAGACGCCCGGCGGCGGCGACCGCGGCGGCCGCGGCGGUAACAACGCGGACGCGGCGACGCGACGGGAAGAGAAUUAUAAGGGGCCGAUGCGAGAGGGCGUCGUCUUCCGCGCGUCCACGCGAGAACCGAAGAUCAUCCUUCAGGAGUACAUCUCGAAGAAGAAGGACUCGAAGAAGCCGAAGUACGUCCUCAAAGAGGAGCCGGACGGGAAAGGAUGGAGCUGCAAGGUGGUCAUCGCGGACAAGUACAAGCCGGAGAAGGACGUCGUCGUCUUCAGCGACGGGGAGCCGCGCGCGAGCAAGGAGGCAGCGACGCAGCACGGCGCCGUCGCCGCGCUCGCGUACCGCGACGCGUUCGCGAGCCUGGAGGAGAAGGGGCGGCUCAAGGCGGAGAAAGCGGCGAGGGACGCGGAAGCGAGGGAGCGACGCGCGAAGCACAGACCGAAGGAGCGGCAGCGAGAGACGCUGCACAUGUCCGAGGAGAAAAGGCACCAGGUCGAGGGAUUGCUGCGAGGCAUCUCCGGCGACGGCGACGGAGCGCGCGACGACGACGGGGGAGAGACGACCGCCUUGGACGACGACGCCGCGACGGCGCUGACCGCGGCGCUCGCGACGUUAGGGUUCACCACCUCGGACGCGACCGCGGCGGUUCAGGUCGUGAGAUCCGGAACGCGAAGAGACGCGAAGGACGCGGCGUUGGAUUGGCUCGUGUUAAACGUCCCGGAGUCGCGGCUGCCGAGGACGUUCGCCCCGGACGCGAAGAGCGACGGCGUGGUGUUGAUGGACACCGCCGCCGCGUUCGCGCCCGCGGGGUCGAAGGCGGGGAGUGACGGCGGCGGUUUCGGCGGAUCGAAACCGAAACCGAAGCGUCCAGAGCGUCGCGCGGCGGAGGCGAGGCCGUCGGACGCGGACGCCGCGUGGCUUUGGGACCGCGGGUACACCGCGGCGGAGGCGAGCGACGCGCUGGCGGCCGCGGACGGCGGCGGUCGCGACCGCGCGCUGGAGGCGCUGUUUCGCGAGACGCUCGUCCGCGCGACGGACGGGAGGGAUUGGAGCGCGUGGCCGUCGACCGGCGGCGGCGGCGGCGAACGCGGCGGCGGCGGCGGCGGCGGCGACGACGACGACGACGGCGGCGACGAUCCGUGGGAAGACGAGCUCGUCGCCGUCGAGGCCAUCUUCGGCGACGACGUCGUCUCGCGCCCGUCCCGCGACGUCGUGAUCGUGACCGUGGACGUGGACGACGGCCGCGGUGGGAAAGGUAAGGUCGCGCUGGAGGUGCGGAGGCCCUCGGGGGGAGGCUACCCGACGGAGGAGCCGCCGACGAUUUCGUUGGCGGCGGCUUCCGGCGACGGCGCGACGUCUCGAGGGGCGCUGCGCGCGGCGACGGCGUCGCUCGCCGCCGCCGCGGCCGCCGCCGCCGAGGACGGGAUCCCGUGCGUGCACAGCCUCGCGGAGUUGCUCCCGGGGGCGUUGGCCGAGCGCGCGGACGCGCCGGCGCCGGGAGAAGGCGCGGGGGAAGAGGAGGAAGAGGAGGAGGAGGAGACCGACGCCGUGAAGGAAGAAAAGGAAGAAAUCGUCGUCGGCGCGGCGAAGGCGUCGUCGUCUUCCAUCCCGGCCCCGCGCGCGGGCGUCGCCGUCGUCGCCGCGCCGCCGCGCGCGUCCUCGACGCCCACGAAGUCGGCACCCAAAGUCGGCACCCGGGGGACCGACCGAGAUCGAAACCGCCCCCGCGGCCGCGACGCCGCGUUGUCCCCGUCGGAGGCGGCGGCGGAGAGCGCGCGUCUGAAAGCCGCGCAGGAGUCCUACUUCAGCGGAGGCGGCGGGAGCGGCGCAGCGUCCAAGAUGGUCGCCACCAGGGCGAACCUCCCGGCGUCGGCGUCGCGCGAAGAGGUGGUCCGCGCGGUCGACGGCUCCCCCGUCGUCGUCUUAUCCGGCGAGACGGGCUGCGGGAAAUCCACGCAAGUGCCGCAGUUCAUCUUGGAGAGCGCGAUCGAUAAGCGCGCUGGCGGGUCGUGCAACAUCGUGUGCACGCAACCGCGGCGGAUCAGCGCGAUCGGGCUCGCGGAGCGCGUCGCGAGCGAGCGCGUGGAGAACUGCGGCGACGUCGUCGGCGUCACGCACGUCGUCCUAGACGAAGUCCACGAGCGGAGCGUCGAGAGCGAUCUGUUGCUGCUGUUGCUCCGACGCGUGAUAUGCGGCGCGAGGAAAGAUUUGAAGAUCGUGCUCAUGUCCGCCACCGCCGACGCGGAUUUCUUCGCGGCGUAUUUCUCAGAGCCCAGCGCCGCGAGCGUCGCCGCCGGCGGCGUCGUCGCGACGCCGUCCUCGAAGGUGUUCAUCGAAGGGUUCACGCACCCGGUGCGGGAGUACUUCUUGGAGGACGUCCUCGAGUUGACCGGGUACGCGAUCGGUAAGGCGAGUAAAUACGCGAAGAAGAAGGGAAGCGGCGGCGGCGGCGGCGGUGAGGACAUCCUGUUGAUCGAUACCGUCGAGAUGCGCGCCGACGCCGACGCCGCCACCGACGCCGCCGACGCCGACGCCGUCGCCGACGCCGACGCCGCGGACGACGCCGCGUCGCCCGCGCCGCCCGUCGAGGAGGAGGACGUCCCGGAGACCUGGGAAGAGACCCCCGAGGACCGCGUCGCGCCGACCGCGACCGCGACGUCCGACGACGCCACGUCAGCGUCCGACACACUCUGGGACACCGACGCCGACGCGACGCGGGCGCGCGCGAGAGCGGCGAAGACGGGCGCCGCGCGCGCGGACGCCGCCGCGGACGACGCCGCGAGGGCGAAACGCGACGAACUCGCGUUCGCGUCGGCGAACCUCGCGAACGAAGCGUCGUACGGCGAAGCCACGCGACGAUCGAUCGCGAACGUGGACGAGUCGCUGUUAAACUACGAGCUCAUCGAGCGGUUGAUCGCGAAGAUCAUUCGCGUGGAGCUCAGCGAAGGCGAGCGCGCGCUCGUCGCGCCGUCCGCCGCGCCCGGGAGAGGAGGGAAACGAUCGCCCGGGGAGAGCGACUCGAAGGGCGCGAUUCUCGUCUUUCUUCCCGGGCAAGCGGAGAUCAAUCGGUUGAUUCGCCAGCUCGAGCGUUCGCAGUUCCUGGAGCCGCACGACGUCGGCGAGCUGCUGUUCCUCCCGCUGUACGGCGCCCUGAGCGGCGCGGACCAGCGCAAAAUCUUCGCGCCUCCCCCGCGCGGCGCGAGGAAGAUCGUCGUCGCGACGAACAUCGCCGAGACGUCGGUGACCAUCGACGACGUGCGCUACGUCGUCGACGCCGGCCACACACCGCGACGCCUUUCAACUCCGCUUCUGACGCCUUUCGACUCCACCCCGACGUUUGUCGCUUCGCGCGGACCCUCGACCCUCAGCCACGAUUCGACUCGCGGGAUGAGCGUCCUCGCGGACGCGUGGGUGUCGAGAGCCGCGGCGAAGCAGCGACGCGGGCGCGCCGGGCGCGUCUCCCCCGGCGCUCGCUUCGCGCUCUUCUCGCGCGCGCAAUUCGCGCGCAUGAGCGAUCACCAGCCGCCGGAGAUGCUUCGCACGCCGCUGCAGCAGCUGUGUUUGAACGUCAAGGCGAUGGCGCCCGGGGUUGGGGUGGAGACGACGCUGUGCGCGGCGCCGACGCCGCCGCCGCGCGACGCCGUGCGCGCGGCGUUGGACGAGCUGAUGGCGUUGCGAGCGCUGGACGUGCGCCGCGACAGUGCCACGUCGGCGUCGUCCGACGGCGCGGUAUCGUCCGACGCGGAAAAACAUCCAAACAAUCCGGAAACGCUGACGCCGCUCGGAAAACACCUCGCGCACAUGCCCGUGGACGCGCGCGUGGGCAAGAUGCUCCUGUUCGGCGCGCUGCUCGGCUGUCUCGACCCUAUCCUCACGAUCGCGGCGGCGAUGAGCGGACGCCAGCUGUUCGUGUCGCCGAAGGAUAAGAAAGCCGAGGCGGACGCGAUGAAGAAAAAAAUUGCCGCGCCGGGAAAGAGCGACCAUCUCACGAUGGCGUCCGCCUACGCGGCGUGGUGGAAGUGCCCGGGCGCGGGCGCGCGACGCAAGCACGCGGACGAGCGGUUCUUAUCGCACCAGGCGCUGGAGGGGAUCAUGGCGAGCCGGUUGGAUUACGCCGGGGUGUUGGCGGACCUGGGGUUCAUUCCUCGCGUGUACGUGCGCGCGAUGCGACGCGACGGCGCCGGCGGCGGCGACGCCGACCGCAACGCUUCUGUCGCGCGCGUCGUGAAAGCCGCGCUCGUCGCGGGGUUCUACCCGCAAGUCGUCAGGGUCCAGCACCCGGAGACGAAGUUCGUGAACACCGCGGGGGGCGCGCGAGAGAAGGAGAGCGUCGACGGGAGAGGGGUAAAAUAUUUCUGCAAAGACGUCGGACGCGUCUUUCUUCACCCGAGCAGCGUCAACGUCGCCUCCGGGAAGUUCGACUCCCCGUGGCUCGUGUACAGCGAGCGCGUCGAGACCGCGAGGGUGUACGUCCGGGAUAACACCAUGGUCGGCGCGUACGCGCUGCUGCUGUUCGGCGGCGAGCUCGUCGUCGAUCACGCGAGGGGGCGGCUGUCGAUGGACGGAUGGGCGGAAUUCGACGCGCCCGCGCGCGUCGGCGUGCUCGUUCGCGAGAUGCGCGCGGCGGUGGACGCGCUGUUAGAGAAACAUAUCGACCAACCGCGCGAGGAGGACGGGGACGGGGACGACGACUCGAUGAAGCUCGCGAGCAGCCCGGUCGUGAAGGCGCUCCUGGAGCUUCUCGCGAGCGAGGGGCGCUAGUAUCUACCUUCGUAGUAGUCUACAUUUCGCGGCGGCGCCGAAAGUAUUUU